GGGAUAGUGAGCCUGUCUGGCAGGCUGGCAGAGGGAGGUCCCGGCAGAGACACAGUGCGCUCGAAGGAGAACCUGACCAGUGGAAUGGACAGAAGACGCUGGCGGCCUUCGGAAUGAGGCUCUGAGCGGGUCUAGCAUUGUUUGCUCUGGCCCCCAGCCAAGGGGCUGUCAGGGACCCACCGUGGUGCUUCCUGGAAGACUGCUGUCUGUGUGGACCUCUGCAGGAGAGAGCCUUGGUGGGCAGGGAGGACAGACGCGACUGGGGCUCUACCAUGGUCGUCACUCAGCUCAGCCUUGAGUUCCGCUUUCAGGGCAAGAAGCUUCGAGGCUUCAGCUGUGAACUCACCCGCUCCCCUCAUGGAGUCCUCCCUGAGUCUGUCCUCACCACCACAUGCCAGGUUGCCAUACCCAUACUGUUGUCGGGCCUGGGCAUGAUGACUGCUGGCUUGGUGAUGAACACUGUCCAACACUGGCCAGUGUUCCAGGAGGUUAAAGACCUGCUGACGUUGGUGCCGCCCCUGGUGGGUCUGAAGGGAAACCUGGAGAUGACGCUGGCGUCUCGUCUCUCUACAUCCGCCAACACCGGGCAAAUGGAUGACUGCCAGGAGAGGUACAAGAUCAUCAGCAGCAACCUCGCUGUGGUUCAGGUGCAGGCCACUGUCGUGGGGCUCCUGGCCGCAGUGGCCUCCCUGAUGCUGGGCGCAGUGUCCCGAGAGGAGUUGGAUUGGGCUAAAGUGGCACUGCUGUGCACGAGCAGCGUCAUCACUGCCUUUCUUGCUGCCUUGGCCCUAGGAAUUCUAAUGACCUGCAUAGUGGUUGGUGCUCGCAAGUUUGGGGUCAACCCUGAUAACAUCGCCACGCCCAUCGCAGCCAGCCUGGGAGACCUGAUCACACUAUCCAUCCUCGCCCUGAUAAGCAGCUUCUUCUACAGGCACAGAGACAUGUGGUAUCUAACGCCCCUGGUCUGCAUCGGCUUCAUGGCUGUCUCCCCUCUGUGGAUCUUCAUUGCCAAGCAGAACCCGCCCAUCAUGAAGAUCCUGAAGUAUGGGUGGUUCCCCAUCAUCCUGGCUAUGGUCAUCAGCAGUUUCGGAGGCCUCAUCUUAAGCAGAACCAUUUCUAAGCAUCAGUUUAAAGGCAUGGCUGUCCUGACUCCCGUCAUUUGUGGUGUUGGUGGCAACCUGGUGGCCAUUCAGACCAGUCGAAUCUCCACCUUCCUGCACAUGUGGAGCACACCUGGGGUCCUCCCCGUCCAGAUGAAAAGAUUCUGGCCUAACCCAUGCUUCACUUUCUGCUCCUCAGAAAUCAACUCCGUAUCAGCUCGAGUCCUGCUCUUUCUGGUAGUCCCAGGACAUCUGAUUUUCUUCUACCUCAUCUGCCUGGUGGAAGGCCAGUCAGUGACAAGUAGCAAGAUCUUCCUGGUGCUGUACCUGGUGGCAGGCAUGAUCCAGGUGGUAAUCCUGCUGUACCUAGCAGAAGUGAUGGUUCGGCUGACCUGGCACCAGGCCCUGGAUCCUGACAACCACUGUAUCCCCUACCUCACGGGCCUGGGGGACCUGCUGGGCACCAGCCUCCUGGCACUUUGCUUCCUCCUGGACUGGCUAUUGAGGGGCGGGGCUGAUUUUGCAGAUCUGGUUUCAGAACUGGUUUCUGCACCUCCCUGACUGAGGCUGCCACCUGCAGGUCUCCGUGGGACUUUCCCUCAUGUCCACAGUGUCCAGCAGGCUGCUCCUCCUGCUGGGACCUCGAGCUGCUAGAUAUCUGCCUGGGCAGUGCCUCAUCAGUCUGCCAAGGAGACGAGCACACACCUUGAUUCUGAAGUUGGUAGCUGAACCUGAGAUGGAGCCCUGACAUCAAGAGCUCUGCUUGUAAGUGUGAGUGAGUAUAUGUGCCAGGCGUGUGUGUGCGUGCGUGUGUGUGUGUGUGUGUGUGUGUGUGUGUGUGUGUGUGUGUGUGUGUGUGUGUGUAGGGCAGGCUGUUCCAACCCGAAGAUGCCAAGGAAGAAGCCUGUCUGUGCAGUCUGGAAUGAAUGGAGCAGAAUGGAACUCCUCUGUGGCCCUAGGUCUGGGGACUACCCAUGCCCUGACUGUGCUGCCAUCACUGGACUCAGCUCCCUGGACACACACACUAGUGCCCUGGGCCCAGUGACCAUGCACUUUCACCCCAGGCAGGCCCUGCGUGCCCCUCAACUAUACCCCAGCAUUUAAUCUUGUGGCUGCUUCUUUUAUCCCCCCUUUGUUUUGUAGCAGAGCCCUCUGUGUAGGCUCUGGUGAUCAAGAGAUGUGUAAUAAAAAUAAAGCAUAGCUGACACUGCA